AUGUCAGGAGGAACUGUUAUGGAUCAUAUCACAUCUCUUCCUCAUCAGAACGAUCAGAAUGUCAUUCGUCAUCUGACUAACUUUGUAAAAACACCCGCGUCAGGUGAUGCCGACAUCAAGAAGAAGGAAGAGUCCAUCAUGGAACUUGGAAAUAUGCUGGCAAAGAACAAACAAACUGAAGAGCUGAGAAAGAUGAUCGAACAAACUCGUCCGUUCCUCGUCUCCCUAGGAAAAGCUAAAGCUGCAAAACUUGUGAGAAAUCUCGUUGAUUUGUGUCUCAUGAUUGAUGAUCAGGAUGGCGACAUCAAGAUUGAACUAGUGCGAGAAUGCAUACAGUGGGCGAUGGAUCAAAAUCGUACGUUCCUUCGCCAAACGCUGGAGGCUCGUCUGAUACGAUUGUUCAACGAUCUCCAAAGAUAUACACAGGCUCUCCCAUUGGCUGCUGAUCUUAUUCGUGAAUUGAAGAAGCUUGACGAUAAGGACGUUCUCGUAGAAGUGGAAUUGGAAGAGAGCAAGGCAUUCUAUCACCUUGGAAAUAUUGGAAGAGCUAGAGCAUCGCUUACUGGAGCCCGAACAACCGCAAAUGCCAUAUACGUACAACCUAGAAUGCAGGCCGCGUUGGAUUUGCAGUCCGGCGUUCUUCAUGCAGCAGACGAGAAAGAUUUCAAAACAGCGUUCUCUUAUUUCUAUGAAGCUUUCGAAGGAUACGAUUCGGUCGAUGAGAAAAGCUUGGCACUCUUAUCGCUGAAGUAUAUGCUUCUUUGUAAGGUGAUGCUCGACGUACCAGAUGAUGUCAAUACACUACUAACGGGUAAGCUCGCCCUGAAGUACUCCGGGUCGGAUUUGGAUGCAAUGCGAGCCAUUGCUGCAGCUGCAAAGAAAAGAAGUUUGGCAGACUUCAAUACUGCCUUCGGUGCUUACCCACAAGAGCUACAGAUGGAUCCUGUCGUUCGCAAGCACUUCAACUCCCUCAGUGAACGAAUGCUAGAGAAGGAUCUCUGUCGUAUCAUUGAGCCUUAUUCUUACGUUCAAAUCGAUCACAUCGCCAACAGUAUUGGUAUCGAUCGCGAAAAGGUUGAGAAGAAAUUGUCACAAAUGAUUCUGGAUCGGAAAUUCAGUGGAUCUCUCCAUCAAGGUGAUGGCAUGUUGAUCGUUUACGAUGUCACAACUCCAGAUGUUACAUAUGAAACAGCCCUGAAAACGAUUCACGCCAUGGGUGAAGUCGUAGACGCGUUGUACCAGCGAGCCAGCAAAAUUCGGUAG